AUUAAUCGCCCUGGCAUCAUUAUAGAUACUUGUUUCUUAAACACAAGUUGACUAAAUCAUGGCACAAGUCGCUGAGGGAGCAGAAGAUUUAGGCUGCGGUGGCAGUGGCAGUGACGAUAGUGGCGACGAGAAUGCCACCGAUGAGGUGUCGAGUACGUCUAACAUCUACUUCACCUGUAUGGUGUGCAUGACCACUGGACGCUCGGCGCACGUCAGCCACUGCGGGCACCACUUCUGUGACAAAUGCAUCCGCAGAUGGAUGCACACUCGGAAUCGCUGCCCGUAUUGUCAGGCUUUUGUUGGAAAGCAUACACUCAUUCCCAUAAACAUGGAGCCGACUGUUGACUCGCAAAUUGUCUCGGAACGUCGUCGUCGCUUACCCCAGGAAAAUGAAUAUCGCAAGAUAAGGGCCAUCUUGCCAGAAAUUGGCAUGUUUCAGCGCGGCUACGUCGAGUAUCCAAUGGGUCGGCGACCGCGUUUCAAGCCGCUGCCGCCGCAGAUGCUCAAGGACGCCCCAAAGCUGCCCAUUCGCUGCGUAUUCAUGGCCCCCAACCUGUUCCAGCGCGCUGUGACAAUAAUUAUACUAGCGUUCCUACUGGCCAUGUUCCAGAAUACCUACGAAAAGGAAUAAGUCAAGAACGGUUGAUCCGGAUCAAACGCAUCGAAACAGAUGCAGCAUAUUUUUUGUUAUGUUUAACUAAUUGUUAAUAGAAAACACUGCAGGCUCGCAAUUUAUACUCUGCAACACA